GCAAAUUCAGAGCCGAAUUAACACACACACACACACACAGACAACAACAAACAAAUCAUAUGAAGAAACUAUAUUCCAAGAGAAUUAGACUCUCCGAAUUGAUGGAGAAAUGGAGAAAAAGGAAGAAAGGAUACUUCGCUUUAUACACGAAAGAAGAGAAGAGGUUCGUUUUGCCAUUGAAUUAUCUAAACCAUCCGAUGUUACAAGUGCUAUUGGAGAUGGCAGAGGACGAGUUUGGGACUACCAUUGAUGGUCCUUUAAAGGUUCCUUGCGAUGGAAGUCUAAUGGAUCACAUCAUCAUGCUUGUGAAGAGAAGUAUGUCCGAUGAUAAUAAUGAUGUGGAGAAGUCAGAGGUUAGCAGCACCUGCAAGGGAGCUCCAGUCUCUUCUCUUCGCGGACAGAGCCAGCUUCAGUCAAUAGUUUCCUAACAAUGUGGAGUCGUAAAUUUUGAUGAAAUGGUGUUUUAGUAAAUAACUUUUCCGACAAGAGUUGUUGUGUUCUUGUUUGUGUAUAAAACAAUGAUUAUAUGUCGGAAUUGUAAUGUAUCAUCUUUCGAUUUUGAGAUUUUUCCUGAUGGUUAAGUACAAAAUUUGGGACAAAAACUAUAGUAUGUAGCUUAAGUGUUUUUACUAAGCAAAGGGUAUG